UAUAUAUAUACGUGGGAGAUAAGUGUGUCGUGUAAAUCGUUAUUAGAUCGGCAUCUUCACGAGAAUUUUUUGCAAGUUGAUCAUGCGGCGACUGAAGUGUUCCGUGUUUGUGUUUCUAUUUUUGGUAAUCGAUGUCGGUCGUUCAUUCAACAUAAUUGGAAUCAAUAAGCAAAUGCUCUACGAAUAUGUGGGCAAUGUUCUCGUUGGCUCCAAGCCCCAGGACGAAGGACUCCCAGCACCACCAACCACAGGUUGGAUUGUUCGCGGCAAACUAACCCUCCAGCGUCAGAGUGAACUUGUCAUGGCCGCUGCGCUGGUCAUAGACGAUGUAACGCUCAAUAAUUCGGGUGACAAGUAUACGCAGAACAAGGAAAUGUAUCCGCCGUACAAACCCUUUAAGAUUAUACUCACGAGAAAUGGCUUAAUAUCGCAUGUGGUGUUCAAGGAGGGUGAUCCCAUUUGGUCGAUGAACUUCAAGCGUGCCAUUGCCGGCACACUGCAAUUUCAAAUCAAGUCCAGCGGCGCCUUUGUCGUCAAUGAGACGGGCAUCCACGGCGAAUGCCAGACGGAGUACUUUGUGUCCAACAAGACCAACUAUAUAUCCAUACGGAAGACGCCUGAACUGAAGACCUGUAAGCCGUACUCGGAGGCGGUGCACGUGACCCGCAGCAAUGUGCACCCGAACACGUGUGAGUUUGAUCACCAGAAGAGUGUCAUCAUUGGCAAUGAGGCCAUCUACGGCAUAUUGCCGCACAAUGAAACCGGCUACUUUCUGAGCAUGGCGCAUGCCAAGGGCACCACACUGAUUCACACCUUCGAGUCGACGGGUGAGGCGCAAUACAUUAACUCGGAACUGCUGCUGAAUUUUCAAAAGGAAACACGAAUUGAUAACCCCAUUGAUAUUGAGACCUCGAUGUCGCCAGAGGUGUCGAAUUUGCUGUUGCAACCGUUGGAAAUGAAUGAUCCCACCGGCGGACGCAAUCCACAGCAGCAGGAGACUCUGAUCUCUGCCGCAGCUGGACUGCUGGACAGCUUGGCCGAGGCACUGGAGAGCACAGACUUUAAAUUCAAUGAGCCCUACGACUCGAGGCUGUCCGAUGCGAUAAGGCUGCUGAGUGAAAUGGAUUUUGAGUCGCUGAAGAAACUCUACACAGAUGUGGACAUCGGCACUUCGUACAGACAGGAGACGAUACGCAAAAUCUUUCAUGAGAUCAUUCCACGUAUUGGCACCAAAGCCUCAGUAUUCUUAACUCGCCACCUGGUCGUGGAGAAGUCCAUCAAAUCACAAAUUGCUGUCCAGCUGCUCAUUCCAAUGCCAUUUCACAUAUUCGAGCUGUCUGCGGAGCUGGUGAAGGAGUGCGAGGAUUUCCUCAGCAUCGGACCCGAUCGUCCCGAUGUGCGGCAGGCAGCGAUCCUAAGCUUUGCCACCCUCGUCUACAACGUCUAUGUGGCAAAUGGCAUUGACAAGGAUCAGUUUGAGGAAUACGUGCAAAAGUAUUUCAAUAUGUAUUUGAACGAUCGUGACUACGAGCAGAAAAUGUUGUUCCUGCAGGGACUCAGCAAUUUGCAGAUGGGCAAUGUGGCCAAUUAUCUGGAGCCCAUUGUGCAGGAGGGCGACAAUGAGGAUCUCAGAUUUAUGGCUGCCUGGACAACGCUGGCAUUGGCCCACAAGCGGCCCGAGCGCAUCUACGAGAUCUACUGGCCCAUCUUUGAGUCCCGCAAUGCCAGUCUGGAGCUACGCGUUGCCGCCGUCACCUUGCUUCUAAUCUCGAAUCCGACUGCGGCGCGUCUGAUCAGCAUUCAUCGGAUUAUACAGAGCGAGACAGAUCCUCACUUGAUCAACUAUUAUCGCACAACAGUCACAAGCAUAUCGGAGACGACAUAUCCAUGCUACCAGCAGCUUCGUCGCCUGCUUUCCUAUAUGCAUCGCCAUCUGCCCCAGAAGCCAGAGCCGCGCUAUUGGGUCACCGGCAAUUACAUAUUCGAUUAUCGUGACUCCAAGUUCGGCAUUGGGGCCAUGCUGCAGACCUUCCUUGUCGGUGAUCCCAAGUCCGACAUGCCCGUGGUGGCAUUUUUCAAAUUUGACUCAGAGGCCCUCGGCAAAUUUACGGGUCAGCUUGCGCUGUACAUCAAGGCACGCGGUCUGCCCGAUGCCAUUUGGCAGACGCUGCAGUCCAAGGUCAAUGGCAACGAGCCCUUCACAUUGAAGAGCAUUAAGACCCUGCUGUCCAUGCUCCAGGCUCCCAUUCUCAACUCAAAGAACCUGCACUUUGAGUUCAUACUGCAAAUGGAGGGCAAAACGGUGCUUUCCUACUACCUAAAUCAACGCAUGUUCCAGCAGCUGACCUAUGAUAAUAUUUUGGGUCGUAUACAACUGCUGAUCCGCACUGAUAGCCACAUUAAUAUGCAGACAGUGCGCUGGCCCUUCAUGAACAAAUACUCGGUGCCCACGGUGCUGGGCACCUCCUCCGAUGUGCUGCUGCAGACAACGGUGCUGACAUCGCUGCGUGGCAACAUAACGGAACAUCGAACGCCGCCGAGCACGAAGCACACACUGGAGAUCGAUGCACGCUACUCGUCGUAUGCCUCGGUGCGCAGUCGCAGCUACAACCCGUUCCUCAAUCUGGACCAUGAGAUCAAUCGGGAGCAGGGCUUCCUCAUCUACAUACCGUUCAGCAGUGAGCUGACCCUAAAUGAGAGUGGCUGGUGUCCUCGCUUCACCUUCACUCGUCCCCAGAAUCUGACAAGUGGCUUGUCAUUCAAGUCACGAGCGGUGACCACAACCCGUGGUCUGAUGACAAAAACACCAGCGGCACCCUAUGAGGAGAUAAUGUACCCAGAUCCUGGCAACGAAGUGUUCCAGCCGUUUAGCUAUGCCAUUCCAGACUUGGGCGUCAAACUGAAGCUCAACAUCAAUCUGAAUGAGAUAAUCAAAUUUCGGGGCAUGCUGCUCAAGUCCGAGUUCAUAGAGAAUGGCUUCUCUCGCAGCAUGGUCGUCAGUCUGAUGAUGUACAUCUUUGGCUUCACUCAACUGAGCUCCAUUCACUUGGGUCAUGAUCGAAACUUUACCUUGCUGAUCUACAAUGAGAAUGCUACACGGAUUGAUGGCAACAUAUUCGUUGAGGACGUACUUAAGACAUCGGAAUUGAAGGGCAAGAAGAUCGGCUUUACAAUGGAGCAUGCGGAUGAGACACAGAAUUUGGAAGCGAUGCACAAAUGGAAUGUCCUAUUGGAUGUGCAGACGUCAACCAAGUCCAACUGGUUCAAGGUUACCGGCAAGGUGCAGCGCAACUCCAAAGAUGACCAGGAUGAUUGGAAGGCCUGCUCCAAGUUAACCUACGAACCGCUUGUCUUCACCAAACGCCCACACACCCUCAAUGGCUAUGUGGUCUUUGGCCUGGCUGCCGAAGACGGCGAAUGCCCGGACACCGGCUCCAAGGUGCAGUUUGCGGCACGCGCAGGCCCGUCGGAACAUGCAAGGGCCUUCCUUCGCUCGGAUAAGACAUCGCUCACUGACACCGACUUCUGUCCAAAGGAGGUGCUCAAGUUUUCGCCCAUUCCCACAUCGAAGUAUUGCAAGCGCAGCAACUUUGAGAAUUUCACAUCUAUAACGCAAUAUGACAUGGAUCUGAAGUUUACCAAUAUGCCCGCCUGGUUUGAGCUGUGGUCCACGCGUCUUGAUCACUUGGUAUCUGCUCUGUCCACCGAUAAGGUGGAUAGCCUGCACAUGAAUGAGCAGAUUAAUAUUUCGAUACACACGCCGCAUGAUCAAUUCUGGCGGACUGUCGAGGUGAAUGGAGUCCUCUGGCGUUUCUAUCACAUACCCUUUUUGUAUAAGCUGGACUCCAAGUUUGAUGCAUCACACGAAUUGAGUUACGAUUCGGGCUUUCGGCGUUCAUGUUCGGUGAUCAAUGGCAUGAUCAAUUCGUUCGAUGAUUAUCUAAUUAAUCUGGGCGAGAUUGCCGCCCAGCCGGAUUGUCUGACGCUGCUGGUGGCCGAUUGUUCGCCACAGCCUCAAAUGGCUGUGUUCCUAACACCCUCGCCGAGUGGCCAGAGUCUGGCCAGCAAUUACGGACUACGCGUUCACAUUGGCCAAAACUAUUUCAAUUUCCGAUCGCGUGCCGGCAACAGCAAUCAGCUGGACGAGGAGCCCGUCUUCAUCUAUGUGAAUCAAGCGCAGACGCCGCAUGAUGUGCGCCUCAAGCCGUAUCAAUGGCCCAUCGACGCCACUGACUAUGCCUUCCGCGUGGAGCUCAACGAGCAAAAUCUCCUGAUCAUCGAGUGCACCAAAUUGGGCGCCACCAUUCAGUUUGACAUGUACAACAUCUUCAAUUUCGAGAUCUAUGGCGUCUACAAGCAUCAGAUGUGCGGCCUGUGCAGCAAGCCCCUCAAUCGCAUGCACAACUACACGCUCUGCGAACUGGAUGCGAGCGCGACGCCGACACCGACGCCUGCUGAGAAUGUAUCUGAAGUAGUUGUAUCUUAGGGAUGAUGAUGUUUAUACAAGUAUGCAAGUGACGAACUCGAAAAUGUAGCUCAAAUAAAUGUACAGCUCAGCGCUCUGAACAAAACUAAUUUAAUAAUACUCUUAACAGAAGCCAAAAAAUAACUAAAAAGUGAUUGGUUUAAAAUUUGAAAUCAAUUUCAUAAACAUUGCCACUUCAAAAAUUAAGCAUUAGGCUACUUAUUAAAACAAUUUGCAAAACGA